AGUAAGAAGUCUUUAUCCCCAAGUAGAAACAUUGCUGUAUCCGUUGACUCGUUACCAGAACGCUGCCGACAUUUUGACUUCGAGCAGUGUCUUCGAUAUCUUGAGUCUCAAAACACCGCAAAACAAUUGUUAUAUCAAGCUGCAUCGAGAUACAAGAAGUUUACCACAUGCGGACCUGAUUCAUUCCUUCUCCACUUCCAGAAAUCCCUGCGAAAGUACAAUGUUGGCAAAGUACUGAACUACCUUCGAAGUUUUGAGAUACUCGAUGAGGCGGACUGCGAGCAAAUCUCCAGCGAAACCACAUCAGACAUGAUGGUCACGGAGCUCGUCACGGUGAUCUCCAAAAAAGAACCACACGCAUUCUGGUACUUAACUCAUUCGCUGAAGAAGACAAGUGGAUUGUUUCAGUACUUUCACGGUAGUUUGCACUGUUGCGGUAAGUGCUGUAAGAUAUUGACUUACUUUCCUUUGCUUAUAGUCAAGAGUUAUAGUAACACCAAGUAAACAACGAUAAAAUCCAGCGAAAGUGUGUGUAUCAAUGGAAAUCUCUAAGAGAGGUCUGUUCUCAUGAGACGUCUUUUGGUAGGAACGGACAUGAAUGAAGUUAAUAAAAAACUUGAAACAACUUAACAGUAAGAGUCAAUCAGUGAGGAAAAUCUAUGGAUUGUGGUUUGCUUACACCUUUGAGAAUAUUGUGUCUCCUGUCAUUAAAUCUCGAGUUGUUCCAGUAGUCAUGUAGGGGCCAUUUUGUGCACUACCAAACGUAUCUAGCUGCUUCAUAAUUCUAAUUUAGCUUACAGGAAAUCGUGCAUGGGGGAAACGUAUAAGCAUUCAUAACUGAUAAGAACAACUGGACCGAUAAACUAAAAGGUACCAAGUAUUUAAGGUAGGAAUUAAGUGUCCGCAUGGUCUACUCAGUGAAUUUCAGUCAGCCAUUUAUUUAUCCUUUUCGCUGAAUUACGCUUGAACCUGGUUGCCUGUAAGCUUGUUGCCGUUGACUGAGACGCAUGAACCCAGUCAAAGGGGCCGGGCUAAAUAGUUGGUAAGCAAAAAAUCAACGGAGGUAAUUCAUUUCUUUACGCUUAUGAGCUGGGAACUGUAGUAUUGAUCACUGACGCUUAGUAAUUCUUGUCUUGAAACGUAGUUUGCAAUGAAGUGCAAGAAAAGGAAAAGGAAAUUGCUGCAAUCCAUGAAGGUAAUGUCAUUGGAUAAAAGAGUGACUUAAUACUAUGCAUGUCUUGCAAUUUUUUACAGAUGACUUAACGUUCUAAAUUUAAAUGUCACCUUUGGCUUUGAUGCUAUGGCAACCAAAAAACGGGAAGUCAAACAAAGUUGUUUUGUCUGGCUUAACUAGUUUACCGAUAAAUACUAGAUACCUAUUUAAAGUCUUAGACUUUUAAGUCUUUAAUUAUUUAGUAUUUACCGGUACGUCACUUGAUUUGAUCUCAAUUAAUUGUCAUCUGAAAAACAUUCCUUUAAAAGAAACAGUACCAUGAUGUAUCCCCUGAAGAACAGCGCAAAUCCCGUUAGUUACCCCUGCACUAUGGUACAAGGGGUACGGUGGCUAGGUCCCCUUUUGAGUUUUUUCUCUCUUUUCAUUAUUUUUAUUUUUCAUUUGUUUUUCUGAUGGCCAUUGACAAUUUUUUUUCAUGGCAUUUGUAUAGAGGUGGUCUUUAGCAGAGGUUCAAACUAGAAAAUAAUUUUCCAGAUUCUAAUGCGCCUUUACUUUUCAGGUAUUGAAAGGAUCUUUACGUUUUCAGUGGCUACAAUGGUAGAUAACUUAAAGUUGACAGGGCUCCUACCAAUUGCUACGGAAGGAAAGUUUGGAAAAGACCUGAAAAAGAAGUUAAAAGAGCGUUCUAAGAAAUUCGUGGUGGUAUUUAACGGUAAGUCUACAACUUUAUGAGGGUCUCGCCACAGAGGCGGAUCCAGACCUUCAGAUAAAGAGGGGGGGCGGUCAUCCAGACCCUGAGAUAAGGGGGGAGGGGCCUCAAAAAAAUUUUUUUGGCCCUUCGGGCCUCAGUUUACUCUAACAAUAAGGGGGGGGGGGGCCCCCUGGGCCCCUCCUCUGGAUCCGCCACUGCACAGUAGGGUUCUCCAAUCCCGUGAUCCCGACCUAAAUUUCGUUCCAUCCGGAUUACUAUUUUUGGCAUCCCAUCUCCCACGCAUUCUUCCAAUCCAGAAUCUUGCCCGAUUUUGCCUCAGAAUGACAGUAACGAUUGUUAUGUGAACAAAAUUUAUGAUGAAUCCGCGCGCAUCCACUCUGAUUGGUAAUUUCUGUGCUUUGUCUCGAAAGUAAAAUUUAAUCAUGCAGGAGACCAGUGUCUUUUAACACUGAAAGAUUGUCUCUACUUCUCUUUGUUGCUGCUUCUCAAAAGAACACAGGCAGACCAAGCUUUAAGGGCCAUACGUCGGGAAGUCAACGCCCUUAUGCUCAAGUCCCCUUUUAGUCCUAAUCAUCAAUUACAUAAGAAUAACGUUGGCAAUUUGCAACAGAUUAAUCGGCAAUAGACCUCUUUAGCUUGACGUUUCGUUUUUCCAAUGCUUCAGGUAGUUCACGUGUUGAUGCUCUCUUCGUUUGAGUCCCCUAGCCUUUCCUAAUGUCAGAGAAUUGUUUUGACAAAUUUCUUCUUGUUUACUUGCAUUGCGUUAUGCACGUAUAAUUCAUGAUAAUACAAAGGGCGAAUUUCCUUGAGAACGCUACAUGAACUUCAUUAGGAAAACGAAAGAUUCAAGCUAAAAAGGUUUAUUGUGGUUGCAUGAGGAUAAUAUUACUUGAUAUUGCUGAUUAUUGCAGAUAUUCGCCAAGCGGUGGUGCCACCUAUGAGGGAAUUGAAAAGAGCUUUGACAACCAUUGUUAGUAAUGCUGUUGAAGGCAGUGAUUUAUUGCCUGACAAAAAGAUGUUGGAAGCCAGUAACAGUGAGAGACAGACUGGGUUACCAGGUACAAGCCGCAAUCUGUAAAAAUUAGACAGAGCUAUCUUCAUUAAGGCGUCAUUUUAGAGAGGGAAAGAGAAAGAAAUGAAAAGCAUAGUGAUCCCGCUGAGGUUAUUUAAGGGUAUUGAGUUGGGGGGGUUGGGGGAGGUUCGUGUGAGAGCUCAUAAUCUGUACCCUAAAUCUGUACCCUAUUUACGUUCAGUAUAGCCUGUGUGCCGGUUUUAGGGCGAAAGGAGAAGUAUUGAGGAUGGGUCAAGAAAUGCCUCAUCUCUCCUUCGUGUGUAACCCUCGCAAGAUCUGUUAAUAAAAUAAUAAUAAUAAUAAUAAUAAUAAUAAAAACUUAACGAAAAAACUAACCGGAAGGGGGAGCAUGACGCAGACCCGCGGCCCUGAAAGCUUUAGGAAAUCGGUCAGUAUUUAUCUAAGGUCCGCUUCUGCAACGACUACCACGCAGGCUAGUAUUUGUAAUACAGUUGAUACUGUAAAGAUAACGGGUUCUGGCGGCAGGUAUCCUUUGUGUUGGCCGGACUGCAAAAGCAAUGCAAGCGAGGCAGGAGGACACGCACAGCCAGCGCCGUAGUUUUAGUAGUUUUUGUUUCAAGUUGAGUUUGUUUGCUUGCGUUUUUCUCCGCCCAAAUUUCCCAUGCGCCCUCCUCGUUCGCACUUCGUACACUAACUUGGGAGAGCAGUCGCUCUGCCUUGCUCCUCGCCGCUGGGGACGUUUCGUUCCGUUCGUCCUCGCGAAACGUCCCCAGCGGCGAGAAGCGAGAAGGAGCGGCUGCUUUCGCAGGCUAGUAGUACACAGUUGGUGAUUUUAAUUCCAGGGUAUGCAAACUGACAAUGCCCACUAUCCGCCCCCAUUUAGACGAUUUUCAGUAGCUAGAAGAGGAAAACUGUCUGCCACACUUCAAAAGUUUAAAAAUCUUUCUAUAGAUCUUGAAAAAGCUCCCACUGACAACACAAACAGCUGGUCGCACGCAGAUGGUCAUCAAAGGCACCAUUUUUUUUCUUUUGUUCUUUUUUUGAUAUAAUGUACCAUCAUAAGUGUCUUUAUUUAUUUUAGAAGUGUCGAUUGCUGUGAAGCUAGACGAUUCACCAGUGGAAAAAAACACCAAUCGUGCAUGUCAAGAUGAAGAAAGUGGACAAGAGAUAUCGUCCAAGCCUGAAAAACCAAAAUCAAUCAUACGUUCGGUACCGACGCUAGAUAUCGUCGAAGGG